AUGGACAAGUUACGUGAGGCACUGGAUUUCUGCAUCCGCCACCAGACUGUUCUGGGUUACAGCAUUGUGUCCCUGCUGACAGCUGCCAGUGAGCACAUCUUCUCUUCUGUGGUCUUCAAGUGUCCCUGCAAUUCUAGCAACAUGCUGUAUGGCUCCGUCUUCCUCAUAGUGCCUGCCUUCAUCCUCUUUCUGCUUGGCUACAUGUUGAACGCCAGGACGUGGCGCCUGCUGACGGGCAGCUGCCCUCCGGAGAAGCGCUGCAGCUGCAGCCCCUGGAGAACCUGUGCCCGCUACUGCCUCGCGCUGCUGCCGGUGACAGCCAGAGCCUUGGUGGCCCCCUUCACCUGGAUCGCGGUGGCUCUGCUCAGAGCCAGCUUCUACGAGUGCGCGGCCAGCGGGAAUGGCCUGGUGAAGAACUUCGUGUGUAAAGAUAAAGGACAAGAGUGCCACGAGCUGCUGGUCAAAAUACCCUGCGACGAGAAGUUAUUGGGGAGGAUUCCGGGUGAACUCCUCAGCCUCCAGGCACAGUCCCAGCUGCUAGGUUGGUUCCUGAUAGCCAGCAUCAUGAUUCUGGCACUGAUUGCAACAUGUUUCAGCCGCUGUUACUCCCCAGUUAGCUAUCUUCAGCUCAAGUUCUGGAAAAUUUACUCGAAAAAGGAACAGGAGCUCUUUGAGAUCAAGGCUAAAGAGCAUGCAACAAGGCUGGCAGAAAUAAAUACAAAUUGCUUUUUUGAAGCCACUGACCCAGUACCGUUUCAGACUCCCAGCAACGAAGACUGGCGGAAGAUUUCAUUCUUGUAUACCUUCAGUUCGCAAGAGCCGUAUUACAGCAUGAUACACAAGUAUGUUAACACAAACAGAGGCAACAGCAUCAGAUUUGGGGAAGGAGGUCAGAUUCCCCCUGUUUUAGAAUUUGUGGAUGAAGCAAGUGCAAAUGAAUCAGGGUUUUAA